AUGUUGGAAGGUUUGGUUGCCGGAUUGCUCAACCGGUUCCUGGGUAUGUACGUCAAGAACUUUGACCCUACACAGCUCAAGGUCGGCAUCUGGUCUGGCGACGUCAAGCUCAACAACCUCGAGCUCCGUAAGGAGGCGCUUGACCAGCUCAAGCUGCCCAUCAACGUCGUCGAGGGCCAUCUGGGCCAGCUCACCCUCAUCAUACCCUGGUCUAAUCUGCGCGGCGCGCCCGUUAAGAUCUUCAUCGAGGAUGUAUUCCUCCUUGCCUCCCCCAAGGAAGAGGCUGAGUACGACGAGGAAGAGGAGGAGAGGCGAAGACAGCGCAUCAAGAUGGAGAAGCUCGACUCGGCCGAGCUAUUGAAAGAGAGAUCACAAGAGGGUCUCAGUCAGGAAGAGCAGAAGAAGAGCCAGAGCUUCACCCAGAGCUUGGUUACCAAGAUUGUGGAUAACUUGCAGGUCACCGUCAAGAACAUCCACGUCCGCUACGAAGACUCCAUCUCCGCUCCUGGCCACCCUUUCGCCCUCGGUCUCACUCUCGAAGAGUUCAGUGCGAUCAGCACAGAUGGCGAAUGGAAGCCCGCCUACAUCCAAGACUCGACCAAAACCACACACAAGCUCGCAACGCUCGGUGCUCUGGCUGUCUACUGGGACACGGAUGCGGACCUCUUGGGAUCCGGUCGCGAGGCCGAACCCAAGGAAGAGGACAAGAUGUCCCAUGAUGACAUCAUCCAGAACUUCAAGUCGAUGAUUGUCAAGACGGACGAUGUUGAAAAUACAAGCCACCAAUUCAUCCUGAAGCCCGUGAGCGGACAGGCCAAGAUUGAGCUCGAUAAGUCCGGUGAUACCAAGGUGCCUCGGGCCAAAGCGGCGCUUCUCUUCGAUGAAAUCGGCGUUGUUCUGGAUGAUGAUCAGUAUCGUGAUAGCUUGAUGAUGGCGGAUCUAUUCCACUACUUCAUCCGACACCAGGAGUACAAGAAGUACCAGCCCAAGGGCGUUACGCCCAAGGAAGAUCCCAAAGCGUGGCUCAAGUUUGCUGGAGAUGCUGUUCUCAGCAAGAUCCACGAGAGGAAUCGCCGAUGGACGUGGGACUUCUUUAGAGAGCGGCGCGAUGACCGGCGGCGCUACAUCGAACUGUUCAAGAAGAAGAAGCAGAACAAGCCUCUUAGUGCCUCCGAAAACGACGACCUCAAUAAGCUCGAAUGGAGGCUCGACUAUGAGGAUCUACGAUUUUGGCGAUCUCUGGCCCGGAAUCAGCUCAAGAAGGAGAACGCCGAGGCUCUCAAGAAUGCGCCCCCCAAACAGGAACAGCAAGGAUGGCUUGCUUGGGCGUGGGGCUCGAAGCCAGCAGAGACACCAGCCGACUCGUCCGAAAACACCCAGAUGACAGAGGAGCAGCGGAAAGAGCUUUACGAGGCCAUCGACUGGGAUGAGAAGGCGGCUCUGGCCGAGGAGGUCGAUGUGCCUAGAGAGACCGUCAAGUUGCAAGUCGAGGCUUCCCUUAGUACGGGAAGUUUCACCUUGAAACAGAGCCCCAACGGCGAGGUUAAGGACCUCCUCAGUCUGCAUUUCGAUGUCUUCAAGGCAAAGGCGCUUCAGCGCCCCGACUCCAUGCUCUUGGAUCUCAGCCUUGGUGGAUUGCGAGUCAACGAUGGCACGACACCCGACAGCGUUUUUACUGAAAUCGUCAGGGUUAAGGACGCUCCUGAAAACGACAAUAAGCAGAAACGGUUGUCGAUUGUUGAGCUCGAGAAGAACAAGGAAGAGGCCUUCUUCCAACUGCAGGUCGAGCAAAAUCCGCUCGAUGGCCAAGGAGACAUUGCCGUCACAGCAAAGCUCAAGCCUCUCGAGGUUAUCUGGAAUCCCAAUUUUGUUGUCGGCGUGGUCGACUUUUUCCGCCCUCCCGAGCGACACAUGGAGUCUAUCACUGCGCUCAUGGAGACUGCCGGUGCUACCGUUGAAGGCCUUCGCGAACAGACCCGAGCCGGCCUGGAGUUCGCCCUGGAGGAGCACAAGACCAUCAACGCCAAGCUUGAUCUACAGGCUCCCCUUAUCAUUAUCCCUCAGAGCAUCAAGACCAAGACAUCGACAUGUCUCAUUCUCGACGCCGGUCAUAUCAGUGUCAACAGCAAGUUGGUCGACAAGAACACCAUGAAGGAGGUUCAGUCGAAGCAGAGCCAAGCCUACUCAGAGAAGGAUAUGCAGCGCCUGGAGUCGCUGAUGUACGACCGCUUCAUUGUCAAAUUGACCUCCACUCAACUAUUGAUUGGUCCUUCGAUCAAGGAGACUAAGGCUCAACUUGUGGAGAAGGAUGAGUCCUUGCAAUUUCACAUCGUGGAGAAGAUCAAUGUCGAUUUUAUCGUCGAAAUAUCCAUCCUUCCCAAAGCCCCGAACCUCACCCGGAUGAAGGUCUCCGGUCACAUGCCAGUCCUCCAUGCGACCAUGUCCGACACCAAAUACAAGACGCUGAUGAGGAUCAUUGAUGUGGCGAUACCCAAACUCGGAGGAGAACAGCAGCCCCAGCAAGAGCAGGCCAGCCAGCCUAAGCGACCCCGACUCUUGAGUAGUGCUUCCGGUCGGUCGAAUAAGAAACACACGCGCAACAAGUCCUCCCAAUUUCUCCCUUUCACGACACAACAGACAGCCAUCAUUCUUGACGACGAUCUUGAUGAUGAAAAUGAUGAGUUCGAGGAUGCCAAGUCUGGAACUGUCAACGAGCAGCUCAAGAUGCAACAGAAGAGCUUUCAGUUCAAGUUUGCUGUUGAUGAACUACGUGGGUCAUUGUACCGCAGUGAUCCUGACAAGAAGAGACCAGACUCGCUUCUGGUGGAGUUGGUUGCGCAAAACUUCGACCUCGAGUUCUACCUUCGCCCCUACGACAUGGUGGCCGAGGUCUCUCUGGGCUCCGUCACAGUGGAUGACUUUGUCUCUAAUCCCUCGGCCGAGUUCAAGUCGAUCGUGUCGACAGGCGACUUCGAAGACAAGCAACAAGACCGCGAGCUUGUGCAUGUCAAGUUCGUGAGAGUCAAGAAGGAGUCUCCGGAGUUCAUGCCUGUUUAUGAGGGUGUUGAGACCAACAUCCAGGUCGCCAUCUCGACGAUCAAUCUCAUCGUCACCCGCAAGACGCUCUUGACCUUGCUUGACUUCAUCCUAAUAACAUUCACUGGUGGUAACGACAACAAUCCGCCGCCAAAGCAGGCCACCAGUGAUGACUCGGGAGUCCAGGUCAUCGAGCCAACCCCACCCAAACAGGCAGAAGGUGGAGCUAUCAGGGUGAAGGUUGAUCUUAAGAGUAUUCGGCUGAUUCUCAAUAAUGAUGGAAUUCGCCUGGCAACUCUGUCGUUCAAUCACGCCGACGUCGGGGUCUUCUUGCUGGGUAAGACCAUGCGUGUGGCAACCAGGCUUGGAGACCUCAAUCUCGUGGACGACGUGAACCUUGGUGUCUCUGAGGAUUCGUCCUUGCGCCAACUCAUCACCAUUCAAGGCGAUGAUUUAGCAGAUUUCCGCUACGAAACCUUUGAUGCCAGCAACCCCAAGACAUACCCCGGGUACGACUCAUCGAUUUACCUUCGCGCAGGCUCUAUCAAAGUCAAUUUUGUGGAGGAGCCUUUCCGGAAGAUUGUCGAGUUCCUCGUCAAGUUCGGGAAGAUGCAGGCCAUCUACAACGCGGCUCGACAGGCUGCAGCAAACCAGGCAAACCAAAUCCAACAGAGCAGCAGUCGCUUCAAGUUUGACGUGAUCGUCAACACGCCCAUUGUUGUCUUCCCACGUGCUGUCGUGCCUGGCCAACCGAAGCGCGAUCUCCUGACCGCCUAUCUCGGUGAGAUCUACGCGCAGAAUAAAUUUGCCCCGCUGGACGACUCUGAGGAUGCUAUAAUUGCGAUGAAGCUGUCUGCCGGGAUCCGAAAUAUCAAAUUGACCUCCGAAUUCAACUACCCAAAUGGCGAGUCCGAACAACUAGACUUGAUCGAAGACACGGAUCUUGGAUUCGAUAUCACAUACGCGGAGCAUCAGGAAGGAAUGAAACGCCCCGACACGGAAAUUGAAGGACACAUGACAGACUUCAACCUACGUAUUACUCCCUACCAGCUCCGGUUUCUUCUGGAAAUCUCAAGAUCCGUUCCGGCUGCCUUUGCGAACGAUUCGGAUCAGAGCGCCGAUGAGGCUGAGCAGGACGUGGACCAACAAACCCUCGAGCGAGCAAGGACCGGCUCAUGGGAUACGCAGACUACGUCUGAGGAACAAGCGAUUGACCUUGCUCCGGAACUAGGCACCCAUUCCAGCACCUGGACGAAGCUCGAUCUUGUCUUUAACGUGAGCACGAUCGGCUUGGAGCUUAUCAGUGCGCAGGAGGACAAGCCUGUUGGCGACUUGAAGAGCGCGAGCCUCUCGCGCUUCUCCCUCGACGACAGUAGACUGAAGACAAGGAUGCAGGCCAACGGUUCCCUGGAGGCUGAGUUUGUAAUACGCUCAUUCACCAUUCACGAUAGCCGACCACGCGAAUCCAACAAGUUCAGGAAGAUAAUGGUCUCCAACAAGGAGGUUCAGCAAUUCAUGGCCAGUGUGUCCAUGUCGGGCGGCAAAGAGCGCAAUCUCAUCGCCAUGGUCGCCAUCGACAGCCCGCGAGUCAUCUUCGCUUUGGACUACCUAUUUGCUAUUCAGCACUUUGUGUCGACAGGCUUGCAGGUCGACGAGGUUGCCGCGCCAGAGGAGCUGAGCCCUACCGAGACACCUGAGGAGUCUGAUGCCGACUCGAUGCAGGUAGCACGAUCGGUGAAGACAAGAUCGCAGCAGAGUCACCCUGGCCGUGAUGCCCGCGGUACCCGAGAGAACAAGCAGAAGGACGAGAACAAGAUGAACAUCGCCUUUAGAGUCAACGUGGUCGACGCUCAAAUCAUCCUUAUCGCCAACCCACUAAGCUCCAGCUCAGAGGCAAUUGUACUAGGCACCAAACAGGUACUCCUUUCACAGCAGCACGCCCUGACAUUCCAGGUCUCUGAGGUCGGCAUGUUCCUAUGCCGCAUGGAUCGGUUUGACGAUACUCGACUGAGAAUCAUCGAUGACUUCUCAAUUCAAAUGUCUAUGGAUAGUUCAAAGCCCUCGCAGACGAGCAUUCACGUCGAUAUCGAGCCUCUUAUCCUUCGGUUGUCGCUGCGUGAUAUUCUGCUCGUUCUUCAGAUCGUCAGCAAGGCCUCAGAGUUGUCUGAUAAUGAGCAGCAGUCUCACAAGCCGAGCGCGGCGGACGAAAAGGCUAAGGAACUCCGGCAAGCUGGGCUUAAGCAGCGGACAGCAAGCGGGAAGGGCCCGUCCACUAUGGCUGCGGGCAAGUCCAAAGCUGCUGGCACUAUCAGUGGUCGAUCGCAGUCGCACCAGAAGCCUGUUACGGCACACGACAUCACAAAACCACCCCCGAAACACGAGGAUCUCACCGCGACUAUUGAUGGCAUUCGCGUUGUGCUGAUAGGAGAUCUGCACGAACUGCCCAUCUUUGACCUUAGCAUCAAGCACUUCACCGCCACAGCUGAGGACUGGUCGAGCAAUCUGAAGGCGGAGACGGCAAUUGAGAUGUACACCAAUGUGUACAACUUUGCCAAGUCGGCGUGGGAACCGCUCAUCGAGCCCUGGCAGGUUGGUCUCGGUGUUGCCAGAGAACAAGGCACUGGACUUCUAUCUGUCGAUGUCACGUCGAAGAAGGUCUUUGACGUCACAAUUACCACGAAUACCAUUGCCCUCGGUUCCAAGUCGUUCGCUUUCCUGACGCAGGAUGAGGACGUGCUGGGCAAACCCCGUGGAGUAGAGGCGCCAUAUCGCAUCCGCAACCACACUGGCUUUGAUGUUGUUGUCCAGUCGCGCCACUCCUCCUCGGAAGAGGACAUUACUCUCCGCCUUGAGGAGGGCCAGGAGGGACCAUGGUCCUUUGAGCACUGGGAGAAGAUGCGUGAGAACCUACUCGCGGAGUCGCAAGGUGCCAAUGUCUCGGUCCAGAUCGAGGGUUCUGGCUUUGACACCGUCAAGAACAUCCGCCUCAACCGUGAGGGCGAGUUCAUCUUUGGGCUUCGGCCCAAGGCAGACCAGGUUCUGCAUCGCCUGCUGGUCGACGUGAAGCUCGGCAGUGAUAACGUCAAAUAUGUCACGCUUCGCAGCCCGCUCUUGGUGGAGAACCAGACACAGAUCCCCAUCGAGAUCGGUGUCUACGAUGCGGAAGAAGGCCACUUGCUGAAGAUUGAAAAGAUCCCGCCGGGUGAGAGCCGACCUGCCCCGGUUGGGGCUGUGUACCUGAAGAGCCUACUAGUCAGACCAGACUCUGGGUUCGGCUACGCUUGGUCCAAUGAUGCGCUGUGGUGGAAAGAUCUACUCAAACGCCCUACACGGACCAUGGUCUGCAAGGGUGAGCAUGGGGAGCCGUUCUACUUCCAGAUGAAUGCUGUGUACGACCGCGGCAACCCGUUGACCAGGAACUAUCCUUACAUGAAGCUGAAGCUGUCUGCCCCAGUGGUUCUCGAAAACCUCUUGCCGUACGAUUUCAAGUACCGUAUCUACGAUCGAAAUACGAAGAAGGACUGGACCAACUUCCUCCGCAAGGGUGGCGUUAGCCCUGUCCACGUCACGGAGCUGUCUCACCUUCUGCUCUUGAGCGUCGACAUGCAAGACACGGUCUUUAAGUCGAGCGAGUUUGCUAUCAUCAACUCGGGGCAUUCAGGCCAUGCCGAUGACUUCAAGAGAGAGAAUACACUCGUCUGCCGGGACGAUAGCGGACGCAACCUACACUUGAAACUUCACUACCACAAAGUACCGGACAGCGGCGGUGCGUUCAAGGUCACAGUGUACAGCCCGUACGUCAUUCUCAACAAGACCGGUCUUGACCUCGACGUGCGCUCCAAGAGCUUCAUGCAGCCGGCCAAGGCUGCAGCAGGGCAGUCUCUGAGCAAUCCCUCUGAGGGCGAACAGCCCAAGGCGCAACCGCUCAUGUUCUCCUUCGCCAACGAAGAUCAACGAAACCGUGUGUCGUUGAAAGUGGGCGACUCUGAAUGGAGUAAGCCGCAGAGUUUCGACGCCAUUGGUAGCAAUGCGGAGGUUGUUCUGCAAUCGACCUCGCGCAACAACACAGAGAUCCACAUCGGCAUCACAGUGGAGCCGGGAGAGGGCAAAUACAAGAUGACCAAAGUGGUCUCCCUGGCGCCGCGGUUCAUCCUGCAGAACAAGCUCGGUGAGGAGAUCAACAUUCGCGAACCCAGUUCGUCUAAUGUGAUGACGCUGAAGUCGGGUGCACUCCAGCCCCUUCACUUCUUGCAGCGAAGCCCCGUCAAGCAACUCAGUCUCUGUUUCCCUGGGGUGAACAACCAAUGGACGUCACCCUUCAGCAUCUCGGAUACAGGCACAACUCACAUCAAAAUUGCAAAGGCCAGCCAGCGACAGAGGCUGAUCCGGGCCGAGAUUUUGAUGGAGGACGCAACAAUCUUCCUGCAUUUGAGCAUGGAGACCAAGAACUGGCCAUUUUCCAUGCGCAACGAGAGUGAUACCGAAUUCACCUUCUACCAAGCAAACCCGAACAUUGACGAGGAAGGUGUUGAGGAUCGCUCUGGAUGGAGGCCCAUAAGGUACCGUCUGCCGCCAAGGAGUAUCAUGCCUUAUGCUUGGGAUUUCCCCGCCGCCAAGCACCGCGAGGUGGUGAUCAGUGCUUAUGGCAAGGAGCGUCAUGUCAAGCUGGCAGAGAUCGGCAAUCUGCUCCCAAUGAAAUUUGCCAACUCCAGCACCGGCCAGUCCAAGGUCAUUGACAUCAACGUUGCGGCAGAUGGCCCGACGCAGACUCUGAUCUUGUCCAACUUCCGCCAGUCCAAGAGUCUAUACCGACAAAAGACACAAUCGGGCUCUACUGCUUCCAACGUUGGCGCAUUCGAGGCCAAGAAUCAAGACACUGGUGUGACCUUCCGGGCGCAGCUCAAACUUGCGGGCAUUGGUGUGUCGCUUGUCAACUCUCAAUUAAAAGAACUGGCAUACAUCACGCUCAGAGACGUGGGCCUGAGGUACAGCGAGUCGCCUCUUUACCAAACCAUCAGCCUGGCUGUCAAGUGGGUGCAGAUCGACAACCAGCUCUACGGCGGCAUCUUCCCGAUGGUGCUGUACCCCAGCGUCGUGCCCAAGAGGGCUCAGGAGAUAGAGGCACAUCCCUCGCUGCACGCCAUGGUCACCCGCGUCAAGGACGACUCGUACGGAGUGGUCUAUAUCAAAUAUGCCACCAUCCUUAUUCAACAGAUGACUGUUGAUCUUGACGAAGACUUUGUCUACGCCGUCAUGGACUUCUCCAAGGUCCCUGGAACAGCUGGGACAGCGGAGGAAGAGGGCAAGUUAUGUGAUGAGAGCCUGGAUAUCCCCGAGCCGAAGCAGCAGCAGGCUGGCCAGGAUAUCUACUUCGAGCUACUUAACAUCCAGCCGAUGCAGCUUGAUCUCUCGUUCAUGCGGACAGAGCGCGUCAACGCCGAGGACAAGAGCUCGUCGCGCAACCCGCUGAUGUUCUUCUUCAACGUGCUCACCAUGGCCAUUGGCAAUGUCAACGAUGCACCAGUCCGCUUGAACGCCUGUAUGCUGGAGAACGCGCGUGUCACUGUGCCGUUCCUGAUCAGCACUCUGUCCAACCAUUACAGCCAGGAGGUGCUCUACCAGAUCCACAAGAUUCUUGGAUCUGCUGAUUUCCUGGGCAAUCCCGUCGGUCUCUUCAACAACAUCAGCUCCGGUCUCACCGAUGUCUUUUACGAGCCGUACCAGGGACUUAUCAUGUCCGACAAGCCAGAGGAGCUCGGUAUCGGUCUUGCACGUGGCGCGGCCUCGUUCGCGAAGAAGACGGUGUACGGUUUCUCAGACUCCUUCUCCAAGUUUACGGGCUCUCUGUCCAAGGGCUUGGCUGCGGCGACCCUCGACAAGCAGUUCCAGGACCGCAGGCGCAUUACUAGAGCGCGCAACCGGCCCAAGCACGCGCUGUACGGUGUGACAGCCGGGGCUAACUCCCUCUUCACCUCUGUGGCGUCGGGCGUCGGCGGGCUUGCCAGGAAACCACUGGAGGGCGCCGAGCAAGAAGGCGCGCUUGGCUUCUUCAAGGGCGUGGGCAAGGGGGUGCUGGGGUUCGCGACCAAGCCGGCGAUCGGGGUGCUCGACAUGGCGAGCAACGUGUCGGAGGGCAUCCGCAACACGACGACGGUGUUUGACGGGUCGGAGCUGGACCGGGUGCGCAUCGCGCGCUUCGUCCCCGCCGACGGCAUCGUGCGGCCGUACAACCAGCGCGAGGCGCUGGGCCAGUUCUGGCUCAAGCAGGUGGAUAACGGCAAGUACUUUGACGAGCAGUACAUUGCGCACCUGGAGCUGCCCCGCGAGGACAUGGUGGUCAUGGUGACGUACGCACGGAUCCUGCUCAUCCGGAGCCGGCGGCUGACGGCGGAGUGGGAUGUGCCCCUGAAGGACGUGCAGACCAUCGCCAAGGAGAGGACGGGCCUGAGCCUGACUCUCCGGGGUAACACGAACGGGCCGUUUAUCCCCGUCGGGGAGGAGAGCAGCCGGGCUUUCUUGUACCGGAUGGUGGCGGUUGCGGUGGAGGAGUUUAAUCGGAGGUUCAAGGGGGUGGAGUGA